AUGGUGCUGCUCACGUACUCGGGAGGAAGAGGACGAGGCGGAGAGGCCGCCGCCGCGGGGAGGGGAGGGCGCACGCUCCCCGCGUCCCGGGGCCGGGGCCGAGGCAGAAGCAUGUCCUGGAAAAGGACCCCUGCUUCUCCCGUUCCGCCAGAUAGACUUGCUCCUGGUGCUGGCUCUCAUGUUCCUGGUGCUGCCUCCCCUUCUCCGGUACCAGGCGUAGCUCCACGAGUCGGAGGGAAUCGGGUCUGGGUCAAUGCGGAAGCCGGAGGGCCAAGCAACGGUCCUAGCAGCGCGACCCGCCAAACCACACCGACUCUGGCGAGAGGCAGUGCGGCCCAGGCCGUCAUCAGUACAAAGUACAAGGCGGGCAAUCGCAACCGAGUGUGGACCAACAGCAGCACUGCUGCUCAAAUCGCCGGUACCAGCAAUGUCGCUACGAAGAAACCUGUGGGGCGACCCCCGCCCCCAAGCACGCACGUCGCAGCGUACCGAGGUGGAGCAUCGGCCGCGCAACCACGAAGGGGUCCCGGCCACAACCUCGUGUGGACGAAGGCGACACGAAGAGGGGAGGCAGCAGGAGGCCCCGCUCGGUCCGAUUCCCGUGGGGUCGCGCCAGCUAGCAGCGAAGGUAGUAACCAGACCAGCAGCACCGCGAGGACGUGGAAGGAACAGUCACUGUCAGCCUGGGCUACAGCAGUCAGCAUUAGAAACGCGCAUUCGUCGGUGGCCGGAGGAGCGGCGGCUUCAUCGAGAGUUACCCCGUCUCCGCUGGCCGCUGCUGUGUCGAAAGCUCCCGCCGCCGCCGCCACCGCAGUGAGACCGAAGCCCGCGGCCGCCGCUCCGCCGUCUUCUCCGACAAAACCAGUCGCGAGAUAUUCGGGUUCGGCCGUUGGGCGGAGUUCUGCAACGAUCGCUGCCGUUGUGGCUGCCCUGGUCCCUUCUGCAUCGGCCGUCGCUGUGUCGGAAGCUCCCGCCGCUCUGCCGUCAUCCCCGACGAAACCAGUCGCGAGAUACUCGUGUUCGGCCGCUGGGCGGAGUUCUGCAACGGUCGCUGUUGCGGCCCCGUCAGGGGCGUCGCCCGCCCCUGUGACGACGUCAAAGCCGCUCGUCGCGCGGUACUCGGGGUCGGCAGCCUCCCAACAGCGUCGAGCCACCGCCGCCGCCGCCGCCGCUGCCGUCGUCGCGACGCGUGCCGGGAAAGGUCCGCCGUCGAGACAAACCGGUGGGCAGCAAGUCGCGCGGUACUCGGGGGGCGCGGCAGCGCGAGGCGGUGCUCAUGGCAGCAAGAGCAAGGCCUUCGGGAGGGGGGGCGAGGCUGGCAGGACGUUCGGGCGCGCCGGCAGGGACAUGGUUGCCUGGAGCGUCCGGGGAAGGACUGGAACAGGCGCCGGCGCUAGGGGCCGAUACAAGUCGCCGCGAGGCCUGCUUGCCUCACAGGGGGGGUGGGGAGCGUGGUAUUUCAACGGUAGAGGCUGGGGGCGAGCGCACUCUGGUCAUUCAGCAUGGGUACCGGCGACGGCGCGCUUCGGGGCGUAUCGUACUUCGCCAUGGGUGGCAGGCCAGUGGGUUCAUCCGUGGGCCGGCUUGAGGGGGCGGGGAAGGGGGCGUGGGCGUGGGCGUGGGCGUGGGCGGGGCUUGUAUUCCUCGGCGGCUGGCCGUUCGCGAAAAGCACCCCGGAGCAAGCACGUGCGGUUUAAAAACAGGACCCUUAUUCGCGCCCGCAGCCUUCUACCGCAGCAACGCGGCGCGGCGAUGACAACGGCAGCGACAAUACUGGGUGCGGUUGCUCGACGCGCCUCUUUCGGCGCGACAAGCCGUUUCGCAGGAUUGGGGGGUACCGCAGCUUCGUCUACGAACUUCGUCCGUGGCGGGAAGCACGGCAUGGCCAUCCGACGUGUCGACAGCUCUGCCCUUGCGGCCCGCAGGGCCGCCGCCGCCGCAGCCUCGACCCCGGCUGCCAAGAGGCUCAAGAUGUCGAUCGACAGAACAACCAGUAGCGCACAGGAGAAGCCAGCUCGGGCGACUGGAGACGGAAACGCUCCUUCGAAAAUAUUUCCGCUUGCGGUGCGGGCGAAGGCCAGCGCGGUGGCGAAGAGCGGCGUCGCGGCGACGCCGGCGGCCGCCCGGCGGAAAGCGGCUCUGCUGGGCAAGGCGGCCGCUCGCGCGCGAAGCGUGACGUCGAGGAGGGCGGCGGCAGUGGUUGCCGGCGCCCGCGCCAAGCGGACCCGCCUGCAGGUCGUCCGCAACAUGACGCUGUACCGCGGGAAGGGGCAGGUGGCCGUAGUCGGCACCGGCAAGGAGGCGGCGUCGGCUGCUGCUGCCAAGAGGAAGAGCAACAACAAGACGGGCGAGCCGUGCCUCUUCUUCUGCAGGUUCGGCAAGUGCUCCAGGUCGGACGAGGAGUGCCGCUACGUCCACGACAGGGCCAAGGUGGCGGUGUGCCGCGCGUUCCUGAGGAAGGGCGGGUGCGACAAGGGAGACAAGUGCCUGCUGACGCACGCCGUCCAGGCGGAGAAGAUGCCGGUCUGCAUCUACUUCGAGAAGGGAAUGUGCUUCACGCCGAACUGCCCGUACCUGCACGUGAAGGUCUCUCAGAACGCGGCGGUCUGCCCCAGAUUCUUGAAGGGUCAUUGUCCGGAUGGCACAGCCUGCAGGCUCAAGCACGAGCUCCCAGACCCCAGGAAACGGGCGAAGGAUGAUUCCGCUGGAGGCGACCAUGGCGACGGCGACGAAAAUACCACCCUCAAGAAGAAGACACGGACGACACCAUCGGCUUCGGAGACAGGCGCGGGAGAAGACGGUUCGGCUGCGGCUUCAGCGGCGUCCACGGCGACGGUCGACGGUGGCGGCGGCGUGGGUCCCUCCGAAGGUAGGUCAGGUAAGUCGGCGGUUUUGCCGCCAUCAAGCGCGGCGGCGGCGGCGGCGGCGGAGGCGGAGGCGGAGGUCGUCAAGGGUGGGGGAGGAGUGCGGGGGGAGAUUGCAGAGCCAGUGGCAAACGGCGGCGGGGGCCCCGCUGCUGCGACAACUGGGGGUGCGCGGGAGGGGGGUGGGCCUGUUCCCGGGGAGGUAGGGGGGAGACAGGGGACACGGGAGCCGCCGGCAGGUGUCGGGCAAGUACGCAAGGGGCCAGACGGGGAAGGCGAGGAUGAUGAUGAUGAUGAUGAUCUCAAGCCCAUCUUUCUCCGCAAGCGCAAGAAGAGAUAGUGGAGGGCGGCGAUCUCUUGUUCGUUUCUCGCUGGAAGCUUAAAGUAGCUGGCGCCGCACGUGGACGGCGACGAUGACAACCCGUCGGGAAGAAGCCGAAGUGUCGAUAGAGUGUGUGGUGAAGGAGGCAACGGCGGACGGCAGCGGGCGGGUGGGGAAUCUAAGUAUGGAGUUGCGGGGAGUCCGCGAGCGGUGUCGAUUUUGUUUGCUGUUGGUGUUGCCACACUCCAUGACCCUUGUGUACCUCGUAUCCCGUAAUCUUGACGCAAAAAGGGAUUGUUGUCGUGGUCACAGGAUAAUCCCAAGAGACAUAUGCUAGAGGCAGACCGUGAGAAAAUGUCUAGAAUCGUUCGUGAACAGCAGUUGAGGUUUUGUCGGUGUUGUAGCCUGCAAGAGGAGAUGCUCGGAGUUUGGGCAGACGCUGGUCUGCCAGGAUUUGUAGUGUAAGUAGAUAUGCGUCGGCAGAAUAACGAGAGAGCAGAGAGGAGCAGCGUUAUUUUUUCCGUGAUAGAAUGGGCAUGGAGUUUGGCAAGAAUUUGCGAGUCCUCUCUAAGCUUGCUUGGUCUGUAGCUUUGUGUUAUCUGUCUGUUGCCGGGAACGUUGCUGUUCUCUUUGGGCAUGUUUUGCAGUUCUGCGGCCACUACUUGAACAACACCAGUAGCGACGAAUGAUAAGAGGUGGCGGGAUCUCUGGCCAGUCUUUGUGUUACGUGUUGGUGUCUUUGGGCGUAGACACCCUUUGUUUUGUGGUCUUCGUGCUGGUGGAUGGUGUCAUCUCCUCGUAGGUAUGAUCUUGUCUUCGAUGCCUCUUUGUUCAGCAGCAGUGGUCGGCCAGUCAGUAUUGCGUGAAACUGCUGUUGCGUUUGCUAUUCUCAGCGAUGUACAUACUUGGUCUAGGAUGAAAGCGACGCGCUGCAGAGCUCGUUGUUAGUAAACCAUAAUCGACUUCGUAAGUCGCGAGGGAAGGGAUUGAUUGCUGUACCCUUCUCGCGAUAAAAAUACCUCAGGCAGGAACCGCAGGAGGGGGUCCAGCCCCCCCCUCCUAUGUGACCCCGGUCGGGUCGUCUAGCUAGUAGAAGUGGAGGAUAGGGGCCAGAGGGGCAGACGACAGAGUCCAAUGAUGGGAGAAAAAAAAAAAAAAACUUGUGUUGGCCUGAAUUUUUUCAGUGCCAUAUCGUAAACGUUGCUUGUGUGUAUUAUAGUGGAGUAAGUGCACCGCGCGAUAGGUGCAAAGCCCAUUAGUGUUUGGUUUUAUAUUGACGUAUGUCUAAACAAGACUGCCCCCCUAAGGGGUUCCUUGCUCCGUGUCAGGUUCAUCAUUCCAUGGGUGCAUCAUGGUGUACGCCUCCGCAGACCUUUUUCUCUUGCGUUUGUGGUCUUGUGGGCCGGAGUUUUGGGUGUGCAUCGACAGGGAGAAAUUUCCAACCUUUUUCAAGCUUGA